AUGAAUGAUACUACCUGUCCCAUCUGCCUGCAAGAAGAACGCAAAGAAGAUGAGAUUGCUACCCUGGGUGUGAACUGUUCGCACAGCUUUUGCAAGUCUUGUCUCACCCAUUGGAUAGAGUAUUGUGAAUCCUCCAAACCACAAGCCUUGCCAGGUUGUCCAACCUGCCGAGUGCCCAUCAAUACCUGGGACAUUGUCCGGCUUUCGGGGCGCCCCUUCCAAGAACGCCUGCCUAUUGCAGCAGACGAGAUCAAGGAAGACCCAGAGGAGGAACUGGACGAAUUCUUUCAGACCUGGUUGGAAGAAAAUGGGGCUGUAAAGUGCAUCAACUGCCAUAUUUGGGUCACCAAAAAUGGUGGCUGCGACUCUGUGUUUUGCACAUGGUGCGAUCGGAGCUUUUGCUUUGACUGUGCCCAGAAGGGGGUUCCUUGUACUGGGCAUGGCUAUUGGGAGCCAGAACCAUGUGACUAUUGCGGCGCAUUGGAUUGCCAGUCCGCUUGUCUGUUCGAACCGCUGGUGGAAGACAGGACCACUGAGUUUAUCGAUUGCGCAAUGGAUGGGAUGAAGAAUGGUCGUGGCGGCAAGAAGCGUCUGCUGUGGAAGGGCAAUGCCCGGAGUGGCAAAUGCACCAAGACACGACGGGGUGGUAUCAGCAUGAAACGGAGCAACUUGGCAUCCUCCUCCAAGACAAGGACACAAUCCAAAGGGGACAAAAGAAACAAGCGCAGCUCUGGCAAAAAGGCUAACCGAGGCAGCAAGGCACAGGUCCUUGCCCUCACUUCUUGA